AAAAACCAGGCUACAGGCAGAGUCGGGUAGGCAGGCACCCCUCUCGCACUCCACCGAUUCACCAGCAAAUUUCUCAGCGCCGGCCUCCCGGCAGACCGGCGUCCGCACCACCGCGCCGCCGAUGGCGUCCUCCCCGUGGCCGCCCACCGCCGAUGCCGCCCCUGCCCCCGCCCCGCCGCCAGAGGAAGCAGCAGCAGCUGCUGCUGCUGCCGCCGCGGCCACCCCCGCCGCUGGCUCCGCCCCGACGUCGGAGCAGCACCCGGUCAAGGAGAGAGGAGACGCUGCCGCCGCGGCUGUCCCGCAGCAGGAGGAGGAGGCCAAGCCCCAGUUGCCGCGGGACGAUGACUCAGAAUCAAAAAUCCAAGAGCAUGAACAGAAGAUCAACAAAUAUCAAGCUAUACUCGCAGCAUGCAUGAAGGUCAAGUACUUCUCUAAAAAGGCUUUUGACGGAGGUAACAUCUUCGAAGCAGAAACUGUCGUUGAAGGUGAAACUAUUCGGUCCAGCAGGUGGCCAUGUACAAGAUCAUUUGCAAACCCAAUAAUUUUUUCCGGAGACAAGAACAGCCAUGAGAAGAGCAAUUCUCCAUCUUCAGCAACAGAUUCCUCUGCCAAGAACCCUUUAGCUGGUGAAGCUUCACCAAAAAAUGGCGCAAGUGCUUUGGCCACAGAAAACAAUCUAACACCUGGGAAGAGACAGCCAUCCAAAAAGACCUGACCUGAUGGUAACAGUAGGCUAAUCGAGUUGUUGUCUGUUCCUUUGUAAUCUGAAGGUUGCAACCUGGAGUAUGUAAGCUAUCAUGAAAGGCAAGUUAACUCCAAAGAUGUUUGUAGCCAAUGCUAAAUUUGUUCUAGAAGCAUCUGUAGCAAGCAAUAUUGUUGUAUUAUUGAUAUAUAAAUAGAUGUAUUAUAGACUAUCCCUGGUGAAGCAUUGAUUGGUUCCUCAAA